AUGACUGAAGAGUCUGGAAAACGAAAGGCCUCCGCCGCCGGUAUUUCCGCCAACCGCCCCGUGAAACGCAGAGCUUCCAAGGCCUGCUGCUGUUGUCGGGCCCGCAAAGUCCGCUGUGAUGUGGUAGAGAAUGGCUCUCCGUGUACCAACUGCCGACUGGAUCAAGUCGAGUGUGUUGUCACGGAAAGCAAACGAAGAAAAAAGUCGCGUGUCGAAGUUGAAAAUUCAGCUCCGUCCGAAUCGCCCGAGGCGUCGGAGGAAAAUCCGCUGCACCGAUUCGAUAUGGGCAUGCCUGACAUGGCUCCCACGUCUCCUUCGCAGGCCUCCGUCGAUGCUGACAAUGCUCAGCAUAUGCCGCAUCUGCUUUAUCAAUCGCAGGCAACCCGCAUCGGCUCCGAUGAUCGCUAUCGUCGUCGUAUGGCUCCAAACCCAGCUGUUCCCUCGACAAUGCCUCUGGCGAAUGCAACUCUGCAAAUUCAACAGCUGCUUGAUCCCAACUUUGGCAGCCCACGUGCCACCGCCAGCGGCUUCUUGCCGGAUUAUAUCCGAGGCCUUCCCGCUCGACUACAAAAAGAAGAUAUCGACUAUCUGGCCGCAAAAGGUGCUCUAUCGAUUCCUGACGUGACUCUGAGAAAUGAGUUGCUCAAGGCCUAUAUCCACUAUGUGCACACAUAUAUGCCUCUACUGGAUCUCGAAGAAUUUCUGCAAACCAUCGUGCAAAACGAUGGCAUCCAUCGCAUUAGUCUUCUUCUUUUCCAGGCUGUCAUGUUUGCUGGAAUGGCCUUUGUGGAUAUGAAACAUCUGCAGGCAGCUGGAUACCAGACUCGAAAAGCCGCGAGGAAAAUCUUCUUCCAGCGGGCUCGGCUAUUGUACGACUUCGACUACGAGGUCGACCGCAUCUCUCUGGUGCAGUCGCUUCUUCUGAUGACCUACUGGUACGAAACCCCUGAUGACCAGAAGGACACCUGGCAUUGGAUGGGCGUCAGUCUGUCUCUGGCCCACACCAUUGGUCUCCACCGUGAUCCCGGUAACUCGCGGAUGGAUCUUCGGCGCCAGCGGAUGUGGAAACGCAUCUGGUGGAGCACGUAUACUCGCGACCGACUGAUUGCCCUAGGCAUGCGACGACCCAUGCGUGUGAAGGAUGACGACUGUGAUGUCCCGAUGUUGACGCUGGAUGACUUCGAAUUUCAGUCCUUCUCGCCUGAAAUCGUUCAGAUGGUGGGAGACUCAGAGAUUCUGCAGAACGUCAGCUAUCAGCGUGAGCUAGCACUGAUGUUUAUCGAGAAGGCCAAGCUCUGCCUCGGUGUGAGCCAUGUGCUCUCCGCACAAUACUCCGUUCUCAGCCACAAAUUCGGCGGUACCAUGGAGACUACCAUGAUGCUGGUACCGAAGAAAUCAACGGCUGAGAGCUUCGAGGUGCGUCAUUGCGACCAGGAACUGGAGAAUUGGCUGGCCAAUCUCCCGGUGGAAACCCAAUAUACGCCGUCCGGAGGCGCGAAGCUCUCCGAGGCCCAGGAGGUGCUUCACUCGCAUCGUGCACUGUUGAAGAUGGUCUACCUCACUACAUCCAGUGCCUUGCAUCGCCCGCAGGUCCUUCCCGCCAUCCCAUACCCAUCAAUGGAUGCCGAAUUGCAAGAAUUGUCCCGCAACAAGGUGCGAUUCGCCGCAGUGGAAAUCACCAGUAUCGCGCAAGACCUCCAUAUCCUGGACCUGACUCGGUACUACCCAACGACGGGCGUGACUGUCCUACUCCCCGCAGUGAUCAUUCACCUCCUAGAUAUCAAAUCCAGCGACCCCGCCGUACGAAUGACCAGUCUUCAACGCUUCUACCAGUGCAUGCGCAUCCUGCAACGCCUUCGUGAGAUCUACGCCUCCGCCGACUUCGCCACAUCAUUCCUAGAAGCUGCAAUCCGCAAAGCAGGUAUUCAACUCACCGUCGCACCGCAAGAUGUCCAAUCCUCAACCUCAUCCUCCCGCUCCCGCUCCCAGAAGCAGCAAUCCACCAGUAACGACCCCUUCGAUGCCCUCAUGCGCAGCCACACCCUUACACCACCUCCAGACUCUCUCGCCCAGAAAAUCCCUGAUCUGACCUACCCCAAGGCGGCCCCCGCAGGCGGGCGAGCUGCCGCCGCCGGAGGAAUCGGAGACCUCUUCGCCUCAACACCACCACAGUCCGAUGGUAGCGAAAACGGCAGCACUCAAAACCUGAACACAAAAUAUAACCCUCGCCACGACGCAUUCGCGAUUCCCGAUCUGAAUGCUGACCUCAGUCUCACUGAGCUGAUGGACCUUGCCAACGACGCCGAAGUAACGCAAAAUGACUUCGACGCGCUAAUUAACUUCGAAGACGCGGGCAACGACUACUUCGCAGAGGAGAACGCGGCUCCGCCUCCGCCUGAGGAAAAAUCCGGCUUCGAUUUCCAUAUCGAUAAUGGCAAUAUGAUGGGUUUCGACACGGAUCCUAAAGCAAUCGAUUUCGCAAUGACUGAAUCUCGUGCCGAUCAUCACCAUGUGGGUGGUGCCUCGGCCGAGGCUCAAGCGCGGCCCGGUCUGACGGCCGAUCUUGACACGGAUCUUGGAAUGAAUCUGGAUGAAUAA